UGGUGGAAAUGCCACUGUGAUGACGUCGAUGCGAGGCGAACGCGGAGCCGGGCGGCCAUUACACAGCCAAGUUUCCCUGGGAAGGUCGGAGGGAAAAGGGAGCUAGCUUGCUAUUUUCGGUACAGAACAACUGCGACGUUUCCCCUCACACACCUAGUCGAUCCUGGAGCGUCGCGGAACCAUUUAGUUGAGACCAUAGGAUCGCACUGAUAAACUUGUUAUUUUUGGUUUCUGUUCCGACUCGGGACAUACGCAUAACGAGUCCAAGUCCCAGCCCCUGCAUCCCAUUUCGAGAAAAAAAUAUUCAGCCAACGUUGGUAGCUAUCAACCUAGUAUCUUAUCAGACUAGACACGAGUAAACAGAAUUUUUAGCUAAAUCUCGGUUCCUUUUAUUUAAAAAUGGACGAUAAAGCUUUUACAAAGGAAUUAGACCAAUGGGUCGAACAACUGAACGAGUGCAAGCAGCUGACGGAGAAUCAAGUGAGAACGCUGUGCGAAAAGGCUAAAGAGAUCCUGACCAAGGAGUCAAAUGUUCAGGAGGUGCGCUGCCCCGUCACCGUCUGCGGGGACGUCCACGGCCAGUUCCACGACCUCAUGGAGCUCUUCAGAAUCGGGGGCAAGUCGCCCGACACCAACUACCUAUUCAUGGGCGACUACGUGGACAGAGGCUACUACUCAGUGGAAACAGUGACACUUCUUGUAGCAUUAAAGGUCCGUUACCCAGAACGCAUCACGAUAUUGAGAGGCAACCAUGAAAGCAGGCAGAUCACACAGGUGUACGGUUUCUACGACGAGUGCCUGAGGAAGUACGGCAACGCCAACGUGUGGAAGUAUUUCACAGACCUCUUCGACUAUCUCCCGCUGACGGCCCUGGUAGACGGACAGAUAUUUUGCCUGCACGGUGGGCUCUCUCCCUCAAUAGACACACUGGAUCACAUCCGGGCUCUGGAUCGCCUUCAGGAGGUCCCGCAUGAGGGGCCCAUGUGUGACCUGCUGUGGUCCGACCCCGACGACCGCGGGGGCUGGGGGAUCUCCCCCCGAGGAGCCGGCUACACCUUCGGCCAGGACAUCUCGGAAACUUUCAACCACGCCAACGGCCUCACCCUUGUGUCCCGCGCCCACCAGCUCGUCAUGGAGGGUUACAACUGGUGUCAUGACAGAAACGUUGUCACUAUCUUCAGUGCGCCAAACUACUGCUAUCGCUGUGGCAACCAAGCUGCCAUCAUGGAACUGGACGACACUCUUAAAUACUCUUUCCUUCAAUUUGACCCUGCGCCUCGCCGCGGAGAGCCCCACGUCACCCGCCGCACCCCCGAUUACUUCCUAUAAACGUCACAUGACCUGGUGUAGGACUGCGCCAAGACAAAAAAAAAAAGGAAAACUCUCGAUGAAAUAUAUAUUAAAAAGUGGGAUCUGUUACAACAUGAAAGCACUAACAUGGACCAAAAUGUGCCAUAUACGCAAGAAGCAUUUAGUACACGCAUACAAAUUGCCCUGUGUCUCCGUACUGCGGCAUGUGUCCCAUUUAGCCUUCAGCUCAACAGUCAAACAAUGCCUGCUGUAUACUACUCGUAGUAAUGUUCUUUUUUGUUCCUGAGCUGUACAUUGCAUAAAGCAAAGAGAGACCUAUGUGACAACUCGCUUUUUUUUCAACUUCACUGGACAGAUUUUACAUUUUGAGUUGGCAAUGCCGGGCAUGUGAAUUACGGUAUUUUAUAAUGCACAAGCUUACCCACCCCCCCACCCCAUCGCCCUUACUUCACCAAACACUAUGAACUAUUUGGGAAUGAAUGCUUAAAUGGAAGGAGAAACCUUUUCCUUUUUGGGAGUGUAUGCUUUCAUGUAUAAGGACCCCCCUUGCUUACCCAUACCCCUCCCUUUUGUCUAAUCUUACUGUUUUGUGUUUACUGUAUCUUUUUUCUGUAUAUUUGUCAUGAAGUGAUUGCAUCUUCUUUGGUGUAUUUGAACAAAUAAAGUACUUUUGAUCGUAA